AAGAAGAAGCGGGAGCCACAACAAUAACACACAGCUAGCAAGACUGACAAGAUCACCUACGAAAUGUCCCGUUUUUAGCUUGUAAAUCCUAUUUCACCACACACAGUCAAAACGUUUCCGUGAGCAGUCGAAAAUACAUCUGCACGGAGGAGACUUCAGGCUCCAUGUUGUGCUGUCAACAGAAAUAACAUGCUUUGGUUGUUGUGACGCGCAGGCAAUAGAAGCUAACUAGCUGCACCGUUAGCUUGUUUACACCCAGUCCGCUCCUCUUUUUCGGUUUUCUGUUUAAUGUCACCGGGAUCUGGUACCGCGCGCAGACAUGGAGAGCUUGUACAAGCGCAAAAUGUUCGCGUCGAUGCGGAAAACCAAGGUGGACGCAUCGAAGAAGCGACAGAUCGGCCUGCCCGCCUCAAUCUUGGACGACAGUGACGAAGGGUCCUUCACCUCCUCCUCCUCGUCUGGAUCCCAAUCCGACUUCCACAGCUCCCCGGAGGAGGACAGCGAGCAGGAGGACCGGGGCCGUAGCGAUUCCGGGGCGACUUCUAGCGACGACAGCCGCUCCGUGACCCGCAGAAAGCGCUCGUUCCUGGGAGGCGACGACAGCUCCUCGUCCUCCAGUCCCGGGGAGGAGGAUUCAACUAAUGAUGAGGAUGGGGACAGGAGCCAGCCGAAGAGGAUGGUGCAGCCGAGGAAGCGGAGCAGGCUACAGCGGCAGGACGAGUCGGACUCGGAUCAUGCGGAGGAGAAGCGGAUAGAGGAGGCGGAGAAGGCGAAGAGGAAGCAGAGACACAACAAGCUGAUGGCGCUGUCACGGAGGAUGAAGGCCCGGGUCCCGAAUCGGAGGAGAAGCCGCCUUAAGCAGGGUGCUAGUGAUGAGGAAGAGUCCAAAGAAGGUGAGGAAGAGGCUGGUGGUAAUGAAGAUGGAGGCGGAGGAGAAAACGGCAACAAUAAACAGGCUGCAGAAGUUGAUGAAGGAGGCCAAGAGAAGGUGGAGAAAGAGGCGGAAGAAAAAGAAGAGGAGGAGGAGGAGAAGUAGACCCAUUUAGCGAAGGAGUUUGAAUGUGAAGAACUAAACCAUCUGAAAAUGACUCAUAACUGUUAGUUUGUACAGUUAUUUUUUCUCCCGCAGCAUUUAAAGUGGAAAACAAAAACACUAAAAACUGGAGAUUUUCACCAGGUUUUUGUUGCUACAGAAACAGACAUUGGUGAAAUGCAACAUAAAGAUGUGCAGAUGAAUUAGACAGCCCCGUUGACCCGUUAAGCAUUGUUUUUGGUGAAAGAAGUGGAGCCUGAAUUGGGUCGCAGCUUUAGAGCCAUGCUGAGAAAAGUGGCUCAUGGAUACGUCACUCCUGGGCCAGUGCCAUAUGAUAAUUCAAAGUGAUCUACCCCUGCUGAUCUACUGACAUGUGUCAAGUCAGUUUUAUUUAUUAAUCCCAGAGCAACUUAUCCCAGUUGUUAAUCCCAGAUAGCUGUCAUGACACCCAUGUUCCACUGACAGGUGUGGUUUUUCACUGGUAGAUAUUAAGUAAAACUGUGAUAAUGUGAACUUGGUCUAAGUUAUUGCAGUUAGUCCUUGCUACAUAUUCUACCCACAUGGCUAGUGGAGUGAGUGUAGCCUGUUGGACAUUGUUUAAAUUGCAGCUUAUUAAUUAAAUUUAGUGACAGUGUUGAAUAGUAACUUCAUUAUUUUUCAACCUGGGGCCAAUUUUCCCAUGUUUUUGUGUCUAAGUGUCUAAUGGAAACAUCGAUUUUUGAAAUUGGUCCAGUAUUGAGCAAGAGGGCUGCAGGCAGCAGCAGUGAAACAGGCUGCAAUGCAAUCCCUGGGGGAAAUUGAGCACCGUCAGUGUAAGUCCACUGAAAGCGUUUGUUUUUGCCACUGACAGGCUCAGAUUGUUAUUGUAAGUGUCUGAAAACCUUAUUGAAAGAUUGGAAGGACCCCAACGUCUUUGUUAAAAAGUCAGAUCUUUUUGUUUAAGCAGAACAGCCCUGAAAUGGCUAUUGUCAAACACACCAGACUCCUUUUAGAUAAACUUAAAUUUUAUCAUUGUAAAACACACUUUAUUUAAAGUGGACAGAAACAAAAUAAAACUAUAAAUAAUAAAAUAAGUGCUCAGUUGCCCCCAGGGAUUACAUUAGUCUAUUUCAUCGUUGCUGGCUGCAGGACUCUCUCAAUACUGGACCAGUUUCAAAAAUUGUCUCCUCUAGCCACAUAGACACAAAAAUCCGUGAAAAUUUGGUCCAAGUAGUUAAAUUCCAAGGUUACCCUUUAACUGUACAGCAUGUCAGUGAUUUAACCAUGAAUGCUAGGUGCCAGUGCAUUAUGUCAGAUAUCCAUAGCUUUUAUUAUAUUCUAGUAUUCCUUUUUUUUUGUUUUUUUAAUUAUGUGUAGAGGUGUUAUCACUCCGUGGACAUCAGUCGUACUGUGGGACAAAAAUAAUUUCAACAAGGUUCACUCACUGGCUUUUUCCAGAGCUUUUAGCCUUAUUUCAUGGUUUUUGAGACCACAAGAAAAACAAAAAGAAGUAGUUGCUGAAAGCUCCACAAACAGCUUGUAAGUCGACCUUCAGUUAAGGACAAUAACAAAUUUUCAUGCUCAAAUGAGAGACAUGUUGUUAAUAACAGGCAUACAUCAGUAGAUCAUCAGCAGCGUACCAACAGUUAACAGUGGUUUAUGACUUAACUGGCAGAGUGAUGUGCUAUCAGUCACCUUUUGAUGUGAAGGCUGCUGCAGCUUCAGUGUUGAUUUGAGUAGAGACUCUGCUCCAGAGGCUUUAUGUUUAGUGUAUCUAGUGUUUCUGCUUUAUCAGUGUCAGCUGACUGUCUGUGGAAUGAGAAACUCACUUGGCUGAAAUAUUAGUACAGAUGCUGAGAACACUGAGCCCAAGAGAUUUCCCAAGAGAUUUGUUCAAACAUCAAAGGUAACAGACUGUGAACAUGACAACUCUAGAAGAGAAGUCAACUACAAGUCUGGAGUAUUGCUAUAAGAAAAAUCCAGUCAGAAAGCUCCAGGUUCUUGUUUAGUUUCUGUCUGUAGUGACAGAGCAUUCUGAACAUGAUGGAUGCUGGCUGCCGAGGCUUCUGGGUACUGCAGUAUUCAGAGACAUUGAACAUACCCAACUGACAGCGCUAAGAUUCUUCUUUGUUGCACUUUCCUUCUUUUUUAUUUACUUUUUAGUUCAAACAAAAGAUCAAAUCACACUCUGUUCUGCAAAGCAGACAUUUUAUUAGAUUUUUUUAAGGGUGUUUGCAGAUAUGUCUGUAUCUUUUUGGUAGUUUUGUCCAUCUCUUCUGUGAGUUAUAAGUAUAUUUGACCGGGCAGGCACUCUGAUUGCAGCUUCUCCAAUGAGGGAAUUUGCUUUUUACAAUGGUUAAAUUAAUAUCUUUGGGUUUUGGACUGUUGGUUGGACAAAUGAAGAUAUUGAAGAUGUCACCUUGGACUUAGGAAAGAGUCAUUGAGAUUUUUUCUUUUUUUUUUUUAACAUUUAAUAGCAAAAAUAGUUAAUUAGAAGAAUAAUUUGCAAAUGAAUUGAUAAUGAGAAUAAUCCUUUGUCGCAGGCGUAGGUUAUAAACCAGACCGUCCAAAAAUGCCCAGAGUGUGUGUGCGAGACUUAAGCUCUGACAGUUGAGUUGUAAUGUAAGUUUUGUCAUUGUUUAGAGAUGUUCUCUGGUGUUAAAUGUAAAGGUCCGCUGACUCCUGGUCGAUGACUUUUGAAUCUUUGCUCAUUAAAAAAACAUGACAUGGUGGCUGACAAGAAAGAUGGACAGAACUAUCAAAAUAAGAUUCAGCCUAAAAGAAACCAAAAAAAAAAAAAAACUUUAACAUGUCAUCAGAGAUUUCUCCUAAAUGCAGACAAUUGAUUACAGUUUGCUUUUUGCACUUGCUGAAAGCACUUGUGUUAAUGUUAUUAACAUAUAAAUACAGCAGGAGAAGGGGUGCAGUGUUUCCUGUAAAUAGAAUUCAUUUGGGCGGCCCACCUAAAAACUUUCUUUGUACUUUUCUAUCUAUUUAUUUCUCUCUAAAAUCUGUUACAGUGCUGCAUUUAUGUGAUAAUGUACAUUUUACUUACAAUGUCCCUAAUCCAAAGUUUGCUCUUUUUAAAUAUUCCCUUAAUCCUUGUUCCUUCCUUUCCUUAUUUCCUCCUUCCUAUCAAUAUUUCCUUCCUUCCCUUUUUCCUUCCUUCUUCCUGUGUAAUGGUGCGUUUAAGUGCAGUCACAGACUGGAAAAAAGAACUCCCUAAUCAUAAGCUCAGCAAAUAAGCUGGCAGCUGGUGAGAAACUGAGCUGUAGAGGAUGUUCUUUUAUGCCCAGUUUUCAGUCUGCAGCUGUUCAAACUGAACCGAGAGACGGUUUAAGAGCCUUGUGGCCUUUUCUGCUUUUCACUCAUCUGUUGGACUGAGUAUAUUAUACAGAACAGUGAUGAUAAACACACAUUCGUCAUAGCUGUCGUGGUCUUUUAUUGCUGUAUAAAGCUCUUCAGACCAACCUGCCCUGUUGAAAACACCUCUUUUAUUAAUAAAGUUUCUUUUUUU